GGUCGGCGGCAGCACCUGCCGGCCAGGCUGGCCGUUCGUGCGACGCUACAUCUCUCGGUGACACGGCGAAGCGACAGCUGACCCGCGAUGCACAGUAGUUGUCUCGCCUUCUGGAGUGGCACUUCGUCACUUUCGCACUCGUGCGAAAGCCCCGAACGAACGAGCGAGUGAGCGAGCGGAGGAGGAGUCGCGUCGCCAUCUUUAGGCACGGUUGGACCCAUCGGCGAGAGCCGUCGUCUCCGCCGACGUCAUCGCCGUCGUUCGUCGCCGACGACGCGUCGAGAGCCUCCGCCGAUUCGCGGCAGCGAGCCGAGCCGAGCCGAGCUGCGACGAGAGACUACCGUGCACCUGGGGAGAGCGUGCCGCAGCGCCGUUCGCCAAGCGCUUGGCGCGACGUCGAGAGACGCGAAGCGAUAUCGCCAGGGCGAGAGCGAUACAUCCAUUUCUUGUGCGUGUCGCCGCGACUGUAAUAUUAUUCGUGUCGGGCCGCGAGGAGACGAGGUGCGCGACGCGAAUAUAACUCUUUCUCGCCCGACGAAACGCUCUCUCUCUCUCUCUCUCUUUUUCUCUCUCUUUCUCUCUCUCUCUCUCUCCCCGCGAUUCUCUCAUCUAUCUGUCCUCUGUCAAGUGUUCCGCUGCCCCUCGCUCACCCGUGGGUAUCAUCACGAGGGAUACAACAGCGGUGACGAGGACUGGCGAGAACGAACGAACGAACGAACGAACGAGCGAACGAGCGAACGAGCAAGCAGUCGGUCGGUCGGGACGUCGUCGUCGUCGUCGUCGUCGCCGUCGUCGUCGGCGGAGUGUCGCUUGGCCAUCGUCGCGCAUCGAGUCUCGUCUCGGCGGACAGACAGAAGGAGAGAAGACACACUACGGUGUCGGUGUGUGCGUUCCCUCGAGUUGCCUUCGGGGACACUUGGCGAGUGCGCCAAGUCCACUCCGGCUUCGGACGAGGCUCCGCGCUGUUGAUUUCGAGGACGAGCAGACGGGAGAGUGGGACGCCUGAGUGUGGCCGCGGAUAAACGGCACGUCGAGAGAGCGCGAUCAGAGGACGGGCUCUCGAGCCGCGGAGGACGGGAGGACGCGCAUCGCACGAGGAAGAUCCGAGAGAGACGGCACCGUCGCCGCCGUCGGCGCCGCUGCCGCUGCCCCUGCCGCUACCGACGACGCUGCGGACGACAACGACGACGGGCUGGUACAAUUGACAGGGAAGAUGGCGCGAGCCGCGGACGAGGAUCGCUGCUGACCCAUUUUUCGCCGACGCGCCAAAUCUCCGGGAGUCGGGUGCCUCCGGUCGAAGGACCACGGAGGAGCAGGAUCACCAUCCGCCGCUGUCUCCCUCGUCUCCCCGCUGUCUCUUCUCUGUCGCUCAGCCCGGGAGCGAAGGUUGUUCGCACGGAAGAGCGUGACAGUCGUCGGGAAGAAUACACUCGACAGUAGCAGCAGCAGCAGCAGCAGCGGGGAAGAAAGCAGCCGUAAGAGAGAGAGAGAGAGAGAGAGAGAGGAGAGAGAGAGCGGACUCCGGGUCGCGCCGGGAGGGUGCCCUCUCGCACGCGCGCCUCUCCCCCUGCGUGUGCAUAUACAUGUGUGUGUGUGUGGCCCGUUUUUCUACCGUGUGACUCGUGCGAGUGUGCGUGCUCGUCGUCGACUAUUUGUAUAUCUCUUUUCAUCUGUGAACGAUAUUAAUCUGCCUCGCACGCGGCACCCGGUCGCGUGCCGCGAGAGACGUCGACGUCGUCGUCGUCGUCGUAGUGGUGGUGGUGGUGGUGGUGGUGGUGGUGGUCGUCGUCGUCGCCGUCGUCGUGUACUUGGCUCGGGUCUCUUGAGAGAUCUAGUCGAGGUACGAGGUAAAGGAAGUAGGGAACGCGACCCGGUGACCAAUCGCCGUUGUCCUUGGCGUCGGCACGGAGUUCCACGUUGCGAGAGAACCUCGUCGGAGAAGAGAGGCCGUGAGUAGCGCGCGCGUGAAAUAGAAGGUGGCAAAAAUUCUGAAGAGACCGGAGCUCGGCAGAGCCCUGGCAGGCUCGGCGGCGACUGCGGACGCGGACGGACGCCGACGAAGACGCAGUCUUCUGGAUUACUUCGAGCCCCGUAGAGCCCUGGCCGGCUCGAGUGCCAGCGCGGCAGCUAAGAUGGGCAACAAUGCCGCGACCGCUAACAAGAAGGUCGACGCCGCCGAGAGCGUCAAGGAAUUCCUCGAUAAGGCGAAGAAGGAGUUUGAGGACAAGUGGAAGAAAAAUCCGACCAACACCGCCGCUCUGGACGACUUCGAGCGCAUCAAGACCCUCGGCACGGGUUCGUUCGGCCGCGUCAUGAUCGUCCAGCACAAACCUACCAAGGAGUACUACGCCAUGAAGAUACUCGACAAGCAGAAGGUGGUGAAGCUGAAGCAGGUCGAGCACACGCUCAACGAGAAGAGGAUACUGCAGGCGAUCAGUUUCCCGUUCCUGGUGUCGUUGCGCUUCCACUUCAAAGACAACUCUUACCUGUACAUGGUGUUGGAGUACGUCCCCGGCGGCGAGAUGUUCAGCCACUUGCGCAAGGUCGGCCGCUUCUCGGAGCCGCACUCGCGCUUCUACGCGGCGCAGAUCGUGCUCGCGUUCGAGUACCUGCACUACCUCGACCUCAUCUACCGGGACCUCAAGCCGGAGAACUUGCUCAUCGACUCGCAGGGCUACCUCAAGGUCACCGACUUUGGCUUCGCCAAGAGGGUGCAGGGCAGAACGUGGACCCUGUGCGGCACGCCCGAGUAUCUCGCGCCCGAGAUCAUCCUCAGCAAGGGCUACAACAAGGCGGUCGACUGGUGGGCCUUGGGUGUGCUCGUCUACGAGAUGGCCGCCGGUUAUCCGCCCUUCUUCGCUGACCAGCCGAUCCAGAUCUACGAGAAGAUCGUCAGCGGGAAGCCGCGCUUCCCCUCGCACUUUGGCUCGGACCUUAAGGACCUGCUGCGUAACCUGCUGCAGGUCGACCUCACCAAGAGGUACGGCAACCUCAAGGCGGGCGUCAACGACAUCAAGGGCCACAAGUGGUUCGCCAGCACCGAUUGGAUAGCCGUCUUCCAGAAAAGAAUAGAAGCGCCGUUCAUACCGCGCUGCAAGGGACCAGGCGACACCAGCAAUUUCGAUGAGUACGAGGAGGAAACCCUGAGGAUCUCGCUGACCGAGAAGUGCGCCAAGGAGUUCGCCGAGUUUUGAACGCACCGUCGGCGACAGCUCGCACUAGGAGGUGGGAUACACGUGUGUCAUCGUCGUCGUCGUCGUCACCGCCGUCGUCGUCGUCGUCGUCGUCGUCGUCGUCAUCGUCAUCGUGAUCGUCGUCGCGCCUCGUCGGGUCGACGCACGGCGAUGCUUCUUCGUCAUCGUCGUCAUGUUGGUGAUUCGCUUCUUUCGAGAGAGUAAGAGAGGCGCGAGAGAAUGAAAGAGAGAAUGAGAGAGAAUGAGAAAAAGAUGUGACGGAGAGAAUGAGAGCGUGAGGGGGAUGAUGAUGUGCGUGAGAAUGUGUGUGUAUGUGUGUGUGCGUAUGGGUACUCGCGCGCGCGUUCCCGCGUGAAACGGAAGCUCCUCGUCGGCGAAAGCUGAGCGCAGCUUCUUCGCGGCCGGGUGUUUUCGAGGAGGCGAGUCUUUCUCAUGCGGCGGGAUUGGAACGAAAGUUUUAUGUCAGCCGAGAAAUCAAGGCGGUCGGCAGGAAGGGAAGGAUACACGCGGCACGUGGCAAGACGCGCGCGCGCGUCUCGCUUCAACGCGACGACUUCUUCACUUCGCACUCACUCGCGGGGAGGGGGGGGGGUAAACCGGCGUGAGAGAUUGACGGGCGCGCGUCGGGCGUCCCGGAAAAAUUCGAAUCGGAGGCAUCGUCAUUUUUCGCUUGACGUCGCGCGCGUAGACGCCAACACAUCAUGCGCCGGCAUCACACUUUUUACAUGGAGAAAUCUCUUUUUUUAGUCGGUUAUUAAGUCGAUUCGUUAACGUAAUAAGAGAAUACGGCUGUAUACUAUAUAUAUACAUAUAUCUGUGUGUGUGUGUGUGUGUGUCUCUUCUCUGCCACCCCGUCUUUAAUCCCCCCCUUCCCUCCGCUGCCACCAAGACAGCUUUAUUAUCCGUCGGCGGAGGAGGUGCGGUGUGCAAAGUUUGUUCCCAAUGAUUAACUGUUAUCAGCGUCGGAAAUGUCACCGUACCUUGUACAUAUAGUCGCUUCCCCCCCCCCUUUCUUUCAUUCUCUCUCUCUCUUUCUCUCUCUCUCUUUCUGUCUCCUUCUUUCUCGCUGUUUUUGCGUCGGACGUCCUCCCUCCUCCGCUUCCCCCCACCCUGCACGCGCAUCCUUGCCUUCGAUCCUCCCCCGCAGCUCCCGUUCACCCUCGUUUCACCCUCGCGAUACAUACGCGACACUCGAAUCGAGAGGGAGAUACCACACACAACACCGAAGAGAGUCAUAUCGUGCAUUGUUGUCUACUAUUUGUCUCUAUCCUCUUUAUUCGUCGGGAGAACGAGAAUGCGUGAGAGAGUGCGAGGAGAGCGUGAGGUGCGUGAGAGAGCAUGCUAGAUAGAGAGAGAGAGAGAGGGAGAUAGAGAGAGAGAGAGAGAGAGAGAGAGAGAGAGAGAGAGUGUGCGAGUACGAUCCGUAUUUAUAUAGCUAGUCGACAUACACACAUAUACAGACACGCGCGCGCGCGCGCACAUACACACACACACACACAUACGGUAAUCUAAAAUAAUACUUAUAUAUAAGAAACACGUUUUUCCAUCGCCGAUGGCGGGCCAGUUGGAGGAGGCGCGAGCUUCUCGGUGAGGUUCGCGCGUGUCACGUGAAAAAUAUCCCUCUGCGUGUGCGUGAGCACAGAUCGAGCGUGUUCUCUCUCUCUCUUUCUCUCUCGCGUCGUCGUCUCGCUUUGCACCCUCUGGAACACACGUGUCACGUGUAAACUCGUUUUUUCCCCCGUUAUCAGCACACAUCGCGCGCUCCGGAGGGGAUCAGCGCGCCCGGCUCUCCCGGUCGGUGCGAGGUCAAAACGCAAAGAGAGAGACUUUGGAGUAUUCUUCGCGUAAGACGAACGCAAACACUCGCCGCCACCUUGAGCCGCGCACGAAGAGAAAAACUUUCGGCACCUUCGGGCCGGGCCAAUUAGCGAUUAGCAGUUAACACUCCCGCGCAAUUGCCGCGGCGUAAAGAUAUAUCCUCCCUCUCCCUCUCUCUCUCUCUCUCUCUCUCUCUUUCUCUCUGUAUCAUAACACCAAUAUCAGGAGAAACACGUUAUCAAGAGCGUGAAUUUAGCUCGCCGGCGCGGCUCGCCCGGCGUAAACAGGACGCGAGGGAGUUUCGAGGCAAAUAAUACGCCGUCGUCGCGAUUGAAACGUCUCAGCGCUAUCAUCAUCGGCUGAUAAUCGCCGACGUAGAGGCAAGAGGAAAACAAAACGUGACCUUGACUGGCAGUCUCGGUAAGAGACGAGAGACCGCGAGUAUCGGCGGACAAAGAGAGAGAGAGAGAGAGAGAGAGAGAGAGAGAGAGAGAGAGAGACGCAAACGCGACGCGCACACGUUCACGAGUACGCGAGUCGAUCUGUGAUCCACGUGGAGAUCGCUAGGGGUGGGGGGGGGAUGCUAGAUCGCGAUUGCAAUGGCGAAGAUUGCAUCAACCGCACGCGAGCGAUCGUUAUCCCUCGGGAAGAGGAGCGAGCGAGUCGACGGCUCUCGAGACGCGAAACACUUUUGCGCGUUGACGUCAACGGUAGGAACGAAGUUUCGUUAAUGAGUAAAACGGUCGUUGAGAAUUGGAUUGGGCCACACGUCAGCCAGCGUAGCCCCGGGAUCGAUUCAGCGCGAUGAGCUAACACACACGCGUACACACACACACACACACACACACACACACACACAUAAUUCAGGCAGCAGCACAUACACACACGCGCGCGAACGCGCGCGCGCGCAGCGGGCGGACAAUGCGGAGGAAAUGCGGCACGUAAGUGCGAUGAUGUUACGAAACUUUUAGUAUUCUUUCAGUAUUCGCGAUGAGAGCGUCGUCGGCUCUGAACUUCUUCUUCACGGUAUCGGCCGUCCGCGUCGACGCAACUUUCCCACGAGUUUCGCACGGACCGGUUUCAACGGACAGUCGCGGCUGGCUGCUCCUCAGCCGAACUUCUGCAUCGCAUCUUGCGGCCGGAAGUGAAUCGCGCUCGCGACGCGCUUCGCGCAAUUACGUAAAACUACGGGAAACCCCGGCUCUCGCGGCUGCGACGACGGCCGAUGAUGAAUAGGCUCGAUCUCACUCGCGUCUUCUCGUGCGUGCCGCACCAUAAGCUACCACCUCGUCGUCGGGAAGUCGUUAGCGUCGUUAGCCGAUCGCGAUCGAUGGGGAGAACCGGUCGAGCCCGAGGAGACUCGCCAGCAGCAUCGCGAGUCACCGCAAUUUUCAGUUAAUAACGCCGCGCGCGCGGGGUGCGCGGGAGAAGGGGAAAAGAAGGAGUUAGCCGGGUGGGGGGGGGGGGGAAUCCGCUGCUGCACGUGGCAAGUGCAAUUUCGCGAACACCGCGAUAGGUCGACGAGGAGCUGGAGGGGGGAGGGGAGGGGGAGGAGGUGGCUCGAAUCCCUCGUGUGUUUGCACCGUAUUCGAGGCGGGUGUAUUUUUCUCCCCUACCAACAACACGUGAAUGUACACACACGUCGCUUCGCGUUCGUUUGCACACGUCGCGAUGUUACGGAUGAAUUAGAGUGCGAGGAGGAGGAGGGAGGGAGCGGUACGGUGUGAAAUAAGUCGGGGCACUUGGCACGAUUUCGCGACGCGAUUUUCAGGAUAACGAGAUCUUGGCCGGCGCGCGGCAUGCAAUCUCGCGCUCGCGGCUGCUGCUGUUGCUGCUGUUUAUACGUUUCUAGAAAUAAUCAAGACGUCUUGAGAAUAAUAGAGCGCGGCCGUUUACGGAUGAACCGCGUUCACGCGCCGGCUCCCCCCCGGCGGAAGGUGUCUAUUUCGAUAUAACCGUUAUUCAAAUAGCUGCGCCGGCGCGAGGGGCGGCGGGAAAGAGGGGAAGGUUCGCGAUGCCCUCCGCACGUAUUCGCGCCGCGCCAUCUUUAUCCCGCUUGUCUCAUUUCGAUCUUUCAUUCGAAUUUUGCACGUUUUACUCCCGCGACGGGGAAAUCCAGCUCUGCGGAGAGAAAGGAAUUUUCCUACCGGGCACGAAGGGCGUUGCGAGAGACUCGCGUUGCAAGCUUCUUUCCAUUGGCAUCGUAGGAAAAAACGGCUGCAGCGAGCGAAUCGCGAGCUGCGCUGCUGAAAGGCUGCGGCACUUCGCUGCAUAUUUUUCGUCGCUCCCGCGGUUUAUUUCCAUUUUUCCCCGGCCGAGUUCCCUCGUUAUAUUCCCGGUUCUUUGAAAAUCGCGCUGUCGCGCGCGAGCUUCCUUCCUCGCCCCGCCCCGUCCCGCCCGAUCGAACGCGAUUUUCUCACGAGAGCCCGUGAAAUUCUCUCAACGCGCAUCCUUCGCGGGACUCGACUUUCGCCGGGUCGCGCGCACGCGCAGUGCCGCUCGACGAGCACGCUCGAUUUCGCAGUCACUCGAUCGAAAUACCGCAAAUUAUAGAAAGCCCCAGCGCCAGCGCGAUUUGGCUGGGGCAUCGGCGGGGCUUCCGCGUCUCGGCUGAUUCCGGCUUUGCGGAAAAGUCCCCGCGCGCCUGCCGCUCUCCGGCCGCGGAUUUGCGAUAUCGAAAUCCUGAUGGCCCGAAAUUGGAACGGCUCGUGUGUGUGUUCAUCCUCCACCUCGAAAGGCACGCGCCCUGAUUCCCCGAGCGCCGCAUACAUUCACGACCGCCCGUCGCAUUGCGCUUCUCUCGCCGAUUUCGGUCUCCUCUCCAUUGUCUCCGCUCUUCGCCGCCGGCAUGCGCGCGGCUGUCCCCCGCCCCUCCCCGCCCCGCUCCGCCGCUGGUCUUUGAGAGCACUCGUAUUGCCGGAGAUAUCAGUCGCGCGCGCGCGCGUACUCGCGAUAACGAUCUCGAGCAUCUUCCGCGAUACUUGGAUGUCGAGGAUUUUUUUACAUCUCUCCUCUCUCACUCGCCCCUCUCCCCCCCCCCUACGACUUGUGACGCCUCGCCGCGCGAAGUGGCGCGUUGAGUCGCGUGGCCGCGUUGCGACACCUCGCGUCGCCGCGGAAUCCGGCGAAAGUUGGCGCGUUCUCUCGCGCCAGCCGCUCGCCGAUCGAUACGUCUCUCUCUCUCUCUCUCUCUCUCUCUUUCUCUCUCUAACGUCGCACGGUGCCGCGAUUUAAUUCGUUUCCCCCCCUCCCCGCCCCCCUGCCUCUUAGCCGACUCGACUCGAUUUUCGUCUCGGCGUUCCUGCUUCUUGCCUUUACUCGAUCAAAGACGAUUAUCCACGUUACGCGUCCGCGGUUCUCGCCGCUCGGUUUCUCCGCUCGGAAUUAGAGCGACUGCUCGCGCAAUUUCCCAUCUUCGGUGCCUGAUAAAACGCGCGGAACGACGACGUGCCUCGUCGAGACACUCCCCUUGAUCGCCGCGAGUAAUCAGCUUGGCCGUCGUAUGUCGCGAGGACGGGCGUCGAGCUCCUUCGCCUUCCUCGCUGAGAUUGCGACUCGCAACGACAACGCGGGUCGACGACGAACGUGCGAAAGAAUUGUAUUCGGUUGGAGCGAAGAAGAAAAAGAAAAAACAAAUAUUACACCGCCGCAAACCUCGUGUCGUUCAUAAUCUCGGCUCGUGAUCCGCCGGAGAGGCGACAGCGUUAUCAGUUAUCAUCCUUGAGACCUCGCGGAAGGCGCUAUCGCGCCCGGCCCAGAGCAGCUCCACGUGGAAAAGCGCGACGGAAGAAAGAAGUCGAAGGAUGUCGAUUGGAAUAUCGCUCGGUCGGGAGAAUCCGCGACGGUGUGCGUGCGAGGGAAUUCGCCUUGUCAUCGCGCGAACGCGCAUCAUCCAUCCGCGGGGACGAUCGAGCGCAUUGCGUUUUUUGCCCGCUUCGUCGCGCCGCGCCGGCGCGGGUGAGACGUUUUCCCGGGAAAUUCCGACUACGAUCGCGUCGAUAUCGGCCCUGUGUGUGUGUCUCUUCGAGACUUUAUCCUGCCGCGAUGUCGCCUUUUAGUCGCGAGUCGGUCCUAAUUAACAGGACAUUCCAACAACGGGCGAAAGUGACUCGAUUAUCGGCGCCUUUGAUCGGCCGCCGGGCGAUUAUGACGGCGAUUUGCGCGAGGGCGUUUCACCUAACCCGUCGUCGUCGUCGUCUCCGAGGGGGUGAAGUAUGUGGCCGUCGUCGUUCUCGCGGGGGCGCUCCCGAUAAGAAUUUCCCUCGUCCUUUCGCCGAGCGCCCGAGGUAUCCCGGCCGCUUGUGUCCGCGAGAUAAUGCGAUAUCGACCCGCGGCUUUUGCCGCGAUAUUAAGAACGCUUUCGACCGGGACACACAAUAGGAGAACACGUAGGCGCGUCGCAUUGCAGCACGAUGGAAAAAGCCGGGUGGGUGUCCGCACCGCGCGUCACGUCGGCCGCCGAUCUCGAUCGAUCGGCGGCCGGCAAUUUAUUCCGUUAAUUCGCGCCGGCUAAUCCCGCGAUUCUCAUUUCGCGACCGCUCCCAUGUAGCCUCGGUUUUUUUCCCCCCGCGACGUACAAGCGCGCUGAGAAAAGCCUCUCUGCUUUUCCAUUGCGAGUUUCCGGGCUGCAUUCGUCAUCCGCCGCGACGCCGGAGGAUUUCCCACUGGAAAACCGAGCCUUCUCGGUGGGCAAAAAACGGACGCGCGCUCCGAAGGGCGAAAAAGCGCAUCGGACGAGCUUUCUGUCUACGGCCGGCUUUCGCGAAACGAUUUUGACAUUUCCUUCAUUUUUCGCGCUCGGAUUGAGACCGCAGAGAGCUGUCGGCGGUUUUUCGGAAACAAGCUCUCUCUCUCUCUCUCUCUCUCUCUCGUCGGGUCGUCGUCGUGCAUUCCGAGCCGAGCUCGAGCGAAAGAGCUCCAGCCGCUUCGAGCGAUUGCUUCACCUUUACCUCUUCGGCAAGGCGCGCGCGAGGCGAGAAGACGCUCAAGGCUGAGCGGUUCUCCAUGGCAGUCGCGGUGAUAAAAUACAGCGCAGCGCGAUUACGCAACGACUUCUUGCGCGCGUGUUUUGUCGCACGCGCACGCGAUAUAUCUUCGCGGUCACAUUUCUUUCCGCGCGGUCGAGCGACCAUGAAGACCGCCGCAGGUGGAGCGCGCUCCUCGACUUCCGGCUCGAUUCGAACUUCACCCCGACGCUCGCCUCCGCCCUUCCGAUUGGCCGCGCACGGCUCAACGGGUUGUUGUUGUUGUUGUUGUUGCACAUGCAAGGGAAGCUUUAACCGAGCGCCCGCGGACUCCCUCGUGGGCGUCGCCUGUAAAUAUUAGCCUUAGGUAACGAGAGUAGUGAGGUGUCAUCGUGUUCACCGCAGGUUGGCUCCCUCGGGGCCGACUUCUCUCCACUCCCCCCCCCCCUCCCGAGUACCUGCGCGUCCUUCGCCGCUCGAGCGCCGAUCGCUCGCACCGACGCCGAUUUCCUUGCUUGCAUCUCUCUCUCUCUCUCUCUCUCUCUUUCUCUUUCCUCCAUCUCCCUUGCUCUCGUCUGUCGGUCGACGUAUCCAAGUUGGACUCGAAUGUGAGAAACGCGAGACUCGACCUGUUGACUUCUCUAGUUCUCAGUUCCAGAUCGCGUCGGUGCGAUUCGCGCUCCUCCGACGUGAGUUAUGAACGCCCUGAAGAGAGGAGGAGAAAGAGAGAGAGAGAGAGAGAGAGAGAGAGAGAGAGAGACACGCGUUUGGCACGCGCAUGGCCACCGAACACGCGAAGGUAGGCGCCCAGGGACAAUACGAUACACACGCGCGUACCUGCGGAUCUCCACUCUCCCCUCUGCCCCUUUGUAUAUUGUUCCCGCAAUUACUUUGAGAAAUUCAAUGUUCUUCGUACCUCACACAGAUGUGCAAGUGCGUCCUAUUUAUACGUAGUUUAUUUCUCGGUCCAGCGAUCGAUCGUUACGCAAUCACCGUGUACACGUACGCACGCACGCA